AUCUCAACUCAUCUGUACUUGUUUUGAGCCUUUUCCUUUUUCUGCAUAAUUUAUGUGAACGCGCAGUUACUAUCCGUGUCUGUGUUUAUCCUGAUUGCAUCUUUUGAUUUUUUCAUUUUGUUUUUGUUUUUUUUGUUUUGUGUUUCUCAAUUAUUGUUCAAUCGGCGAUAAUUUGAUUAGUUUAUCUGUGCGUUGUGUUAAUGCGAGCUGAAUCGGUCGAUGCUGCAGUUGUUGGUUGGACGGAUUGUUGUGAAGUAAUUAAUUCGUGCGCGUUUAAUGAUAGAGUUGUUGCUGUUGUUAGUGCGCGGUGUGUGUGUAUGUGUGUGUGUGCGCUUUGUAUUUUGUAUUCGGAUUCGCAUUUCAAAACUUGAUGAUGGAGAAUCGCGUGUUUAUUUUCUGAUGUUUUUGUGCUGACUUUAAUAGUUUUUGAUCAAUUUUGUUUUGCGAGCUGAUCGCUGAUAUCGAUUAUUGUUGACUAGAUGGACCAGUAUGAAAAGGUCGAGAAGAUUGGUGAGGGAACGUAUGGCGUGGUGUACAAGGCCCGGGAUCGUGUAACAAAUGAGACUAUUGCUUUAAAGAAAAUCCGGCUAGAGCAGGAAGAUGAGGGAGUGCCGAGUACAGCUAUCAGAGAGAUUUCUCUCUUGAAAGAGAUGCAACAUGGGAAUAUUGUAAGGUUGCAGGAUGUGGUGCACAGUGAUAAGCGACUGUACCUGGUAUUUGAAUAUCUGGACUUGGACUUGAAAAAACACAUGGAUUCUUGCCCAGAAUUCUCAAAGGAUCCUCGCCUGGUUAAAACGUUUCUGUAUCAAAUACUGCGUGGUAUUGCCUAUUGUCAUUCUCAUCGCGUCCUUCAUAGAGACCUGAAGCCUCAAAACUUGCUGAUUGAUCGACGUACCAAUGCAUUAAAGCUUGCAGAUUUUGGCUUGGCUAGAGCAUUUGGCAUUCCUGUCAGGACAUUUACACAUGAAGUUGUGACUCUGUGGUACAGGGCUCCGGAAAUACUACUUGGAUCACGCCACUAUUCCACUCCUGUGGACAUAUGGUCUGUUGGUUGUAUAUUCGCUGAGAUGGUAAACCAGCGACCAUUAUUUCCUGGUGACUCUGAGAUAGAUGAACUCUUCAAAAUCUUUAGAAUCAUGGGCACCCCAAGUGAAGAUACAUGGCCAGGAGUGACGUCCUUACCUGAUUUUAAAUCAGCAUUUCCGAAAUGGCCACCUAAGGAUCUCUCCUCCAUGGUUCCAAAUCUUGAUGCAGGCGGCCUUGACCUCCUUGGUAAAAUGCUCUGCUUGGAUCCCAGCAAGAGAAUUACUGCCAGAAGCGCACUUGAGCAUGAAUACUUCAAGGAUAUCGGGUUUGUCCCCUGAUCGAUGCCCUUGCUCUUGACCCUAUUGUAUAUUUUUAUGCGCGGCAUCAUCUGCAUUUAUUUCCUUUCGACAAAAGUGUGUGAUACCCGGGUGACCCAUUUAUCUCCCAGCCUCUUCCUUCUCCUUUGGUGUAAUUCAGUUUAUACCAAAGUGAUUCUGCACAGCAGCAGCUAAAAGAAAUCUCGGUUGCCCCUGCUUUCACUUGCUCAUACCCCCCCCCCCUCCCCCCGCGUGUGGUUGUGUCAAUUUUUUUUCUAUUUUUGAUAUGUUUAUUUUUGACAGUUGACGGUUUUGGUGUAACAUCAUGCUCUUCAUUCCCUUUAAUAGAGUAAUAUGGUUUGUCAUUA